AUGGCAGCACAGACUGUACACUUCCUUGGUCUGCCAUUCGAGAUACGCGACCACAUUUACCAUUAUUUGAUCCCGACAAAGACAAUCAUCGACGCGUACGAACCUCAAUUCAACUAUACGAUCACUAAGAAAAGGACAUCUAUAUUCGAGUUUGACGAAGCUCCUGCAGAGCGAGAUACACAAACAUCUUCAAAACAUCAAGCCGCGGAUGAUAAUCUGACUGCAGACAAAAGAAAGAGUACGAUCUCUGAGUCUUGCCUCUCUCAGAAUACACACGUACCAGAAGUUAUGGAUAUCGGUGGUUGUACAGACUCAGAGUACGAGGUAGAUUGGGAUGAUGUAACCAUCCCUCUACCUGGGGGCAUCGACAGAAAGAAGAACAGUAUAUUCAUGGUGUGCAAACAAAUUUCCGACGAAGCUCUGAAUAUCAUGUACGGAAAGAACGCUUUUAAGCUUUAUGUCAGCAGCGACGCAGGUCAUUGUCUCAAACGCAAUUUUACCGAAGCAAAUAGGUGUCGAAUGCGAUUUCUAUUCAUCAUAGCAGAGCUGGAUCAUUGGCAUGCUAACGUGAACACCGACGAUCCACUGUGGACUCUCAUUCCGACAUUGAACAUCUUACGCUUGGUCGCAAAGCAGCCUAACAAAGGGGAGGACUGCUUUAGCCCAGGAGAUACUACUGUGCUUGAGGAUAUGCGAUAUGAGUUGGAAAUGGUGUGGGGGUUCCGUAGCUUCAGAGAAUUUCUGAUAUGCUUUAAUCAAAAUUUACCAGAAGGUAAAAUACUCGAGGUAGAUUUUGAUGGAAAGUCGGAGACAGCUGAGGUCUUUAAGGAAUGUAUGCCGGGAAGGUAUCGCGAAGUGCGAUGCCAUCUUGCCAGUGCCCUUGUGUUUCGCCGAGGUCGUUUUACCCUUAAAUCUGACCAAGUGGACACGGGAUUUGAUGUGUGGGAGUCUUAG